AUGUUUGAAGAAACACAAAAGUGUUCCAAUACAUCAUCUUGGUCUGACCCCGCUAUUGAAGCCACACCACAAACAGGAAGCUUCGCUUCCACUCAAAUGCCUGAUGAACCUGAAACAAAAUUUGAGUUGCCCUCAAUUUCAAAUUUAAAAGUAGGGAUUUUUACAAAAGGACUACAACAUCUGUUGGAAGACCAAAGACCCACAAAAAAUACAGUUGAGGGCUGCUAUGCCUCUGAAGAAAAUUUCUCAUUAACAUUAACAGUAACAUUUUCAACUUCCAAUACAACCGAUAAGAGUCUAAAGGUUGUUCUUACAAGGCCAAAUAUAACAAAAGGUGUUCAAAUACCUAGGUGGAAAGAAAUAACCUUUCUCCUUCCCUUAAACAUGCCAAAUGCAACAAAUGACAUUUUUCAUUUCUCAGUUCACAUCAUGGGAAACAAAGUGGAUUAUGGGGAACUUCCACAAUUCAUCUUUCAGCCAAGCAUUUUUAAAACUGCCCUACACAAGAUACUGAAAACAAUUGAUGACUUACCUGUUUGUCCUGGAAUAAAUGAUCCAGCAAUAAUUGAUAUUCUUGCCGAAAGAAUAGAACUUACCUCUUUAUACCAAGUUGACUCUCAGAGUUCAAUUGCUGAUGGAAAAAUUGUUAAAUGUAUAAGAAGCACUAAGUGUUCUUACAUUAUACCAAAUGAGUCCAAAGUAAGAUGUCAUGAAUGCCAGGGUUUUCUAAGGUCUCACAGGUGUUUGCAAAAACACUCUUCUCCCGAGAGUACACAAUCCAAGACAGCUCAUGACUGCCAUGUUAACCUCAGCAAACUAUCUCGUGCUGAACUCAUUACCAGGGCAAAAAAUCUACACAAAGUGGUUGCCCAAAACCAAAGAAAGGCAAGACGAUACUACUUUUUGUAUCAGAGAGAAAAACAAAAAAAAGUUGAAGCACCCAAAAAUUACAACCCAACAUCCUCUGGCCUUGGACAA